ACAAUGCAACGCGGAACAAGCUGCGGGCAAAAAGUUGUGGAAUGAAGUCUAAUCGGAUCACGGUUCGUGCGCGUUACCACGAUUGUUUUGUUUAGUGAACAACAUUGUGCGUGUGAGUGAAGUCGUGUGGCCACCCAGCGCUACACUAAGAGCACAAAGAGCAACGCCAAGGAGAGAAAAAAAGAAUUCUCCCGUUAUUCGAGAGGAGGGACAGAUAUGUUUUUCCGUUUCCAAGGACUGUUGCUGAUGUCACGACGGAGGAGGGCACCACACAAGGACAGGUGCGCGGCGUAAAGUUGCCCAUCCAGUCUGUUUGGAUUCAGCUCGGAAACAAACAGCUGAUACUUGGAUGAGUGUACCGAAAAUGUUUUGACUGGAAUUUAACAAGCUUGACUCCCAAAUUCGGGAUUGUUUUGGAAUACAGACAUCAAGGUUGAAACGAGGAAGACUGCGUGGAAGUGUGCUUUUAGAUUGGAGGUUGGAAAAAGAGGGAGGCCCAGUGAAGUCCCGGGAGUGCACACUGUUGCAAAGAGGGGCGUGGGGUCGCCCCAGUACCAGAACCGAUGUUCUGCCUGCAUGCGACAAGAACUGACGCAGCCGAUUGGGCUCUCAUCCCCAGUUUGCUGAGCUGAUGCGCGAGUGAUCCAAGGGGGGAGACCGAUCUCCUUCUAUGUGGACAAGACCACUUCUCAUCGAAGUGGAAUAUGACACUUGACUUGUACAAUCGGCAAUGAUUUCCCGGUGCGUCACUGCGUCUUAGCACCAGCAGUCGCUCUCGCCUUCAAGGACGAUCGUGUUCGGACUGCUAAAAGAGCAUCCAACCAUGUCCAAGACCCUGAAGAAGAAGAAGCACUGGUCCGCUAAAGUCCAGGAAUGCGCCGUGUCAUGGGGGGGAUCCGGCGACCUGGUCACGGUGGUGGAGCUGCGAGGCGGCGCUGAGCACGGGGAGUUCCCCUACCUCGGACAAAUAGUAGCCGAGGCGAUUGUCUGUCACGCCGGAAGAUUGCCGGGUAUCGGGGAUGUGCUGCUCGAGGUCAACGGCACUCCGGUGAGCGGACUCACCCACCGGGACACUUUGGCUGUCAUCCGCCACUUCCGAGAGCCCAUCCGCCUGAAAACAGUCAGACCAGGGAAGGUGCUGAAUGCGGAUUUGCAUCACUACCUCAGUCUGCAGUUCCAGAAGGGGUCUCUGGAUCACAAGCUACAGCAGGUUAUCAGGGACAACUUGUACCUGCGCACUAUUCCCUGUACCACUCGGCAGCCCAGAGAGGGAGAAGUUCCAGGAGUGGACUACAACUUCAUCAGUGUGGAAGAGUUUCGGAACCUGGAAGAAUGUGGACUACUGCUUGAGAGUGGAACCUACGAUGGUAACUACUACGGCACACCUAAACCGCCUGCCGAGCCGAGCCCUGUACAGCCAGACUUGGUUGACCAGGUACUGUUUGAUGAGGAAUUUGACAAUGAAGUCCAACGAAAGCGCACAACCUCAGUCAGCAAAAUGGACAGGAAAGACAGCGCAGCCCCAGAGGAGGAGGAUGAAGACGAGAGACCUCCAAUGCUCAAUGGACAAGCUGCAGACCACAAGGACAAGGCGGAUUGGAGGAAGACUGUGCCCAGCUACAAUCAGUCAGCUGGUGCCAUGGACCUGCGAGCCUGGAGUGCAAUGGCGCAGGACGAUAGUCAGGAGCCCCUGCCAAAGAACUGGGAGAUGGCCUACACAGAGACCGGCAUGGUCUAUUUUAUAGACCAUACAAGCAAAACUACUACCUGGUUGGACCCGCGGCUCGCCAGGAAGGCCAAGGCUCCUGAGAAAUGCGAAGAAGGAGAGUUGCCCUACGGCUGGGAGAGGAUCGAGGACCCCCAGUAUGGUACCUACUAUGUAGACCACAUAAACCAGAAGACUCAGUUUGAGAAUCCAGUGCUUGAAGCAAAGAGGAAAGUAAGCGUGGAGAUGCCUUCUGCGGUGUCCUCAACAACAGCCACACCCUCAGAGGAGCCUAGUCAUGGAGUACAUCGCUUCACACGAGACCCGUCUCAGCUACAGGGCACCAUUUAUCAGACUGCGCUUCGAAAAAGCCCACAGGGCUUCGGCUUCACCAUUAUCGGAGGAGACCGUCCAGACGAGUUUCUUCAGGUCAAAAAUGUCCUACCUGAUGGGCCAGCUGCACACGACAAGAAAAUUGCCUCUGGUGAUGUGAUUGUUGACAUCAAUCGGGCAUGUGUGUUGGGAAAAACACAUGCUGAUGUGGUGCAGAUGUUCCAAUCCAUCCCCAUCAACCAGUAUGUUGAUAUGGUCCUCUGCCGUGGUUACCCGCUACCAGAGGAUUCUGGCAGCAGUGAGGACACGUCCAAGGACAUUUGCUCGUCUCCAGCCACAUCCACACCUCAGGACUCCCAACACAAAAUCCAGGAAGGAGGAACUCUCCUCAGGCAAACUGCUGCAGUACCGCCUAUGGCUAACGGGGGACGUCAUCACCACCAUCACCACCACUCCCACCAUCAUCACCACCCUCCUCAUGGCCACAACCAGGAGGGCCCAGAUGCCACGCUGCUUCAGCCCGAACUCAUAAGUGUCCCUUUAUUGAAAGGCCCUGGAGGUUUUGGCUUCGCCAUUGCUGACUGUCCACUGGGUCAAAAGGUGAAGAUGAUUCUAGAUGCACAAUGGUGCCGUGGUCUGCUGAAAGGUGACGUCAUCAAAGAGAUCAACAGACAGAAUGUGCAGACGUUGAGUCACUCGCAGGUGGUGGACAUACUUAAAGACUUGCCUGUGGGCAGUGAGGUCAAUGUCCUGGUCCUCCGUGGAGGUCAGACAUCACCUGUGAAAUCAUUGAAACCAUGCACAGCACCAACAUCUCAGCUUGCUCCCCAGCAUACACCCCAACCUACAUUCCAGCCUGCCCCUCAACAAACCCCUCACCACGCCCACCCGACUCCUGUCACUCAGUUGCAGCAAUCGGAGCUAAACAACAGCCCCGAGACUCUUGGUCAUGCAGAGGUGCUUCCUAAUCCUCUCGCCAACAUCAUUCGCUCGUCUUCUCCCAAGCCAGAUGCUUCGGAACUGUACAUCAAGUCCAAAGCUAUGUUGGAUAGCCAGCCUGCAAACACCAAGGAUCUCGAUGUGUUUAUCAAGAGAAAUCAGGAGUCUGGCUUCGGAUUUAGGGUCCUUGGAGGCGAGGGGCCGGAGCAACCAGUGUACAUUGGCGCCAUCGUCCCACUGGGUGCCGCUGAGAAGGACGGACGCCUGCGGGCGGGUGAUGAGCUGCUUUGUAUCGAUGGCGUGCCAGUGAAAGGCAAAUCGCACAAACAAGUCCUAGAAUUGAUGACCAACGCAGCCCGCAAUGGUCAGGUCAUGCUAACAAUCCGUAGGAAACUUACACAUUUAGAUGGUGGUGGCUGGGAGGAAGAUGGUGUGCAGCAGCCCCUGCAGGUAACACCUGCUCGGGUCGGCAGCUCUCCCACGACCCCGCGAGUGGAACCUCCGAAGGCUGCCUAUCCGUCUCGACAGGAGUCCUUUGAAGUCACUCUGCAUCGCAAAGACAACGAAGGCUUUGGCUUUGUCAUCCUCACCUCAAAGAACAAACCCCCUCCUGGAGUAAUACCUCACAAGAUCGGACGCAUCAUUGAAGGCAGCCCUACGGAUCGAAUGGGUCAGAUGAAAGUGGGCGACCGCAUCUCUGCUGUAAAUGGUCAGUCGAUCAUUGAUUUGUCACACAACGACAUUGUCCAGCUCAUCAAGGAAGCUGGCACUUCGGUGACGCUCACUGUUGUACCUGAAGAUGACAGCAUGCCUCCGUCCACCACAAACUCAGCCAUGCAGAGUCCUUCAGGGCAUCAUAGAGCUGUUGGCCAGCAGCCUCCAAACUAUAUUGACAGCAGGAAUGGCGACAUGAUAGCACUCAACCCAUCAGGCCUCAAGCAGGACUGUUUUGUGGUGGAGCUGGAUCGUAGCCAGAGGGGUUUCGGCUUCAGUCUGAGGGGAGGUAAAGAGUACAACAUGGGUCUUUUUAUCCUGCGCCUAGCUGAGGACGGGCCUGCACUUAAAGAUGGGAGGAUCCAUGUUGGCGAUCAGAUUGUGGAGAUCAAUGGUGAGGCCACUCAGGGCAUCACGCACACACGGGCCAUCGAGCUGAUCCAAGCGGGAGGCAAUAGAGUUCAUCUGUUGCUCCGACCCGGCCAGGGUUUAGUUCCCGAUCACAGUUCAAAUGACAACGUAACCAUUCCAACCUCAAACUUAUCCAAGCACUCUAUAAUUGAAGGCCAGUUAUCAUCUCCAGCCUCUCCGUCCUCUGUCUCCAUCUCUACCUCAGAAGUGUCCCCAUCCUCACCCCCGGUAAUGGGCCCCGAUGAGUUCCCCAGAACGGAGCUAUGGUCAGUGGGAUCGCCUGGCGCCGGGAGGGAGCACGCGCGUCAAGCUAACCGGUCAAGAGGACAUCAGGUUUCCAACAAGCGCACCACCAGCCCUGGCACCCAAGCCAGGAAAACAAGCCGUAGCGACAUCAAGGCUACCAGUCCUAAGCGAGAAAGCGGAACAGAUCUUGUGGACAGCUCUCAGAGCCCCAAAAAACCAGAGCGGGGUUCCUCAGAGGAUACAGGCAGGCAUCGAAAGCACGAAACGCAGCGAGGCCCCCGCUCCUCCAGCCCUAAGAAGAGCUCCAAAAGGGAUCAUGAAGCUGCUACGCUUUCGAAGAAUCAGGAAGAACCUCAAAGCCCACGGCGCCCAGCUGGCCAGCAGCCACCUGGAGAAGGGCGAAGGUACAAGGAUGAGGCUAGGUGGCAGGAAAUUCACACUUCAGAAAGUGAUCGCCACAGGAGGAGCAAAGAGACGGUGGCACAAAAGUCACACGGGCACAGGGAGAGGACGGGAUCAGGCACCGAUACGCUUAGCCGCAGGAGUGCAAAAGACAAGGAGAGUAGGUCCCAUGGUUUGCCUGAAGAUGUGAAUCAAAGAGAUCUCAGGGGGUCCAGCAGUAGCAUUCAAGAUCCUGGCUGCAAUGGGACCUCCACCAAGAAGCCUCCUAUCACUCCAGGCCCAUGGAAGGUCCCCAGUCCAAGCAAAAUCCAGUCCCAGGUGGACACAACAUAGAACAUGUAUAUUCAGAUGGCAUUUUGGUUUUAUCAUGGCCUGCAGUUUUUUUCCAUCCAGUUUGAAUUGCUCGGUUUUGCAAGGUUAUUGUAUGUUCCAACGUACAAAGUGUUCCUGCCUUUGAAUAAGAAAGAGUCCUCCUUAUUUUUCUGCUCGUCAGUACAGACUCUGGUUGGAAGGAUACCCUUACAUUCCCCCACUCACUGUGAGACUUGGAUGAAGGAUCUGAUUUUGUCACUGUGAAGGUAUAAGGGCACAUUGUUUAUAUUGGCUGGCUCAUACUUGUGUUCGUAGUGUUGGAUGAGUCAUCAGUUGCUGUCUGACAGCACUAUUAAUUGAUGAGCUGACUGCUUUCGUACACUCUCAUGAUCUUAUCCACGUUUUGGCGGCCUUUUGCGGAGAUUUUGACACACAGCCCAAAAGACCGGACACUUGUGCUUAUCAUUCUCGUGUUUGUUUUAUAUGUAUACAUAAUAAUGCAAGUUAUCUAAAUUAUAACUGUCAGUAGAUGUGCUAAGUCAUUUCACUUACCGGGUCUUUAAAGUAGAAAUACAAUGUGUAGAUGAACAUUACAAUUUAUUACUACAAGCAACUAUAAGGGAGGAAAAGGCUUUGGGAAUGGGAGGAAAAUCUAUACUUGCUAGGUCUGCUUGAUGGUUUUUGUUAAAUACAGGGUGGGGCAGAGCAACUUGCUCAUUUAAAUUUGGCGCCCUGGAGCGAUGGUUGCUCUGAGGAUGGUAGGGAUAGACUUAUUUGAGAGGGUGGGGCUUAAAGUUUAGUUCUUAACAUAUUUUUUUUAAUUUUGGUUUAUUUUUCAGAAACCCCAGUGAUUAUCAUGGACUGGACGAAGUUGGAACGCGCUUUCGCUGUUGAGGCAUUUUUUUCAAGCAGUCGCUCAAUCGUCGCAACGCAAUUUGCAUUCUAUAGACAUUUCAAUAUUGCUCCCCAUGGUCGUGUUCCUGGCCAGCAGUCGAUUGUUUCAGGGAAACGGGGAAUAUUUGAAAUGUCUAAGGAAAGCACGUUGCGUUGAUUGAGCGACCGCUUAAGGCAGGGGUCUCCAACCCAGUCCUCAAGGCCCACUGUGGGUCCUAGUUUUUGUUCCAGCCGAUCCAGCAGAGGCAGUUGAACCAAUGAGGCUUCUGCUAAAACAAGCCACACCUGACUGCAAUCAACUGAUAGCACUUGUAAAACACCAGAUUGGGAAAAAGUGUUGUCAUUUUGUUUCGUAGGAAUGAAAUCCUGCACCCACAGUGGGCCUUUGUGGAAUAGGUUGGGGACCCCUGGCAUAAGGCGUUCCAACUUCAUCCACUCCAUGAUGUUCACUGGGGUUCCUGAAAAAUAAAUCCAAAAUAAAUAAUGCACGUUAAGAACCAAACUUUAAGCCCCACCCUCUCAAAUAAGUCCAUCUCUACCAUCCUCAGACCAGCCAUCAUUUCAGGGCGCCAAAUUUAAAUAAGCAAGUUGCUCUGCCCCACCCUGUAUAAAGAAUAAUGAGUACAUUAAAGAAAGAAAACAAUUUAUACAUUCUAUUUCUAUUGAACGAUCCAUGAUGGGUAAACCUGGCAGCUCUGUGUUUUAGGUCUCGUGGCUAUUGUGCGUUUGCAAGCUUUUCCAUGUCGCUGUAGCAUUUUCUUAAUAUACCGGGUCUCAGCAUUAUUUAUCCAAGUGUUUACUGCAUAUUGACUAGUGCUGCCACGAUUAAUCGACUAAUUGUUUAUGAAAUUCAUCGACAGGUUUUUUUUUUUUGUGUGUGUGUUGCAUCGAUACCAAUACGGCACUAAAAUGAUUUCAUUGAAGGCGAGGAGAACUAAGAAAUAACGCGCCGAUACUGCGCAAUAUGUAGCUCUCAAGAUCGUUUCCAACCAAGAUGGCCGCCAGUAAAAAAAAAAAAAAAAAAAAAAGAGUGCUUGUCGCCCUUUCCAAAAUGACGAAAGACAUCCAACCAUGUGGCGUACAAUCAUCCUUCUGCUGUGACUUUCAAUGAGUUCAUCACAAUAGGACCCCCCCUCCCCCAAAAAGAACAAAAAACUUGGUAUCGGUACAGGCAGAUAUCGCACAGGAAUCUGUACAGGGAGUGAAAACUGGUAUCUGUGCGACACAAUUUUUUUUUUUAAUUCUAAAAAAAUAUAUAUACAGUUACAUAGUUAAAUCGCAUUUAUAAUCCAUCUUUUUUCAGCAUAGUUUUUGUUAAGCCCAGAGUAAUAUAACUGUAAAUAUUGUAAUUUACAAAGGAGCCGAUUAGUCAACUAUUAAAAUAAUCAGUGGCUGCAGCCAUAAUGUUGUCACAGAUUUUGGAUGAAUCAAAUUAACAGAACUUGUUUGUAAGAAGAGCUCUGACUUCAGUACUAUAUAUCAACAAAAACGUAGCAGCCCCCUCCCAAACAGCAACAAAAAUUGUUUUUUCACCUUGCGUUAUUUUUGUCACUAAAUUAAACACGUUAUAAUUUAUGAAAACAAAAAGGCUUGUGUUAGUUAUAAUGCAAUUUACACUUUUCUAGAGGUUUUCAUUCAGAUUCACAUAUCAGUGUAUUAUAGACAAAUAUUUAUUAUCACUGAAUCAGGGACAUGGUACUUUGCAGUUUGAUGUGUUGAGGUCCUCGUGUACUCAGCAUUGACCUUCGAAUGACUCGACUGCAUGUAGAAAAUUACUCAACGUUCGUCAAAGGAAGUCUAACAGUGACCCAUAUUUUUGAAAUAACCACUAUGAACAUUAAUAGGGUUGAAUUUAAACCUGCACUGAUGUUGCUGCUCUUGAGCACUGUCAUGUUUUUUUCUUGUUGCCAUGUGAAGCAUCAGACUGCCUUUUGAAGGGUGUACAGAAGAAAUGGUCUGGCAUCACUUAUAUUUUUUCCGCUUUGUUGUUGAUAUGAUGGAUCCCUGUACUGUUUACUGUGCAUUCCAUUACCAUGUAUAAGACUGUGGCCUUGUAUUGCUCAAUUAUAAGAAAGAUAUAGUUUUACCAUCACAUUUAGUUGUAAAUGUUUCUAAAUUGUACAGCACCUGUAUAAAUAUUUGCCUUCAUGCAGAAAAAAAGUAUCACCUGUAAAUUGUUUCAUUAUUUUUGUAAGGGAACUGACAGGAAAAUAUAUAAAAUCGGUGAAAAUAAAAUAGUCUUGCAUUCUGAUCAUGCACUGAUGAAUAAAAGUUUACUGAAUAAAUAGAACCCUGCGUUGAUAUGUUCAAUAGGUGGUUAUCUACAAAAUACUCAGAUGUGAAAUUCUUUGAAACAUACAAUCUAAUCCAGGGGUCCCCAACCGCCGGGCCGUGGCACAUUUGCUACCGGGCCGCACAGAAAUAAUAAUUUAUUAAUGACUGCAUUCUGGCCAAAUGAAUUUUGGCGUGUGCCCCUUAACACACUGUUGAAAUUCGCCCCCCCGGCCAAGACGCACUCGGGCAUGGCGACAGCCAAAACAAGUGCCGCUCGGCUGAUGCUGCCCCUGCGCGCGCCAACCGGGAAGGCAGAACUUCGCGCGUUCUCUCUGACAUUAACCCUUUGUACUGACUCCAUGUUCCAAAAGUUUGAAAAAGACUCGCUGAAAGCAGGUUGACAAUUUAUUCGUCGACAGUGGUCAAAAACAAGGCAAAAACAGACGACGGAGGGACAAUUUUGGAUCCAAAACAAGGCUACAUGUUUCCGAGCAGCAAAAAUCUGUGUUAUCUCAGUGUCCAGUCUUUUUAAAGUCUUUGCUGAAGCGGGCCUUGUCGAAGGCGCGUCCGAAGGUGUGUCUGGGCGUUGCUUUUGGGUCUUCCCCUCUGUGGCCGGUUUAGGUUCGUGCGCGGAUGGGACGCCCGCUAUCAACUUUGCUGUCCGGGCUGGCUGUACUUGUUUUAGGACAAAGCGCUUUGUCCUUGGAGUUUGCUGGGAGAGCUGAUUGCAAGAGUUGGUGCAUCAAUCUUGUUCGUGACGCACGCGUUGGGGUUCUGUGAUAAGAUGGCAUUGUGUAUCUCUAUUUCUUCUCAUUAAACUAUGGUGUGCUAUUUAUUUUAUAUUAGUAGUGCAGUCCUACCGUAAAUAUGAAAAUGAUACUAUUUCCUGAUGAAUUAUAUUACGUGUGUUAGACUAAUGCAAACAGUUAGACAGUGCCUACGAGAAACUACCAUUUUUCUCAUCUCCC